UUCUUCAUUUCACGACACCUUACACGCCCACGUCUCUUUCUAGAGAAUCACUUCCACCGCGCACUAAAUUAUGAUAAAUUAUACGUUCUUGAUAACUCCUGGGGGAGACUCACCGUAACGGGCGAAGAAGUCGCAUUAAAUGAAAAAAAUGUUAUCGGGUCGUAAAUAUCAUAGAAACCAACAUAACACGGAAUUUGGAGCAGAGUGUAUAUUACUGUUCGUUUGUAAUCGAUGUUACGUCAACUAGAGGAACACUAAUUGCUUGUACUAAUAGACUGGCUAGUGUUGCGUUAUGUAAAUUCGAAACAUUAGUGAGUUAGAGAGCCAUGGUUAAUGUAUCGAUGGGGUUGAAGCUUCUGCUUCUUCUCUCUGUGAUUUCUGUACUUCUCUAUAUACUUUUCAUUGAGUAUUUUACAAUAUACGACACGGCUGUUAAUAAAUUGAAAUAUAGUAUUCAACUAAAUCACAAAGGAAAUUCAUCCAAUGAAUUAAGCAAGCACUUGAACAAGAUAGAAAAAAAAAAGUAUACAAACGAGGAGAUUGAAAAUAUGUCUAAUCUUGGUAAGUUGCUCUUUCUGGCUGCCAAUGGAACAUAUCCUCCAGCUAGUCAACGUUCAAAUAAAUAUCUCAUUCUUGUAUGGCAAUACGGUUCAUAUUUGGAACGAAGACAUCUAAGAAGGUUCAGUAGUAAAAUGUAUUCUCCAUGGUUAGAUUGUUCAGUGGAAUGUCAACUAAGUUAUAAUUCUAGAGAUUUAAAAAAAGCUGAUGCUGUUCUGUUUCACUUGCAUCGAAUGAAAAACAGGCAACAGAUGCCAAGAAGAAUGCAUCUUUUGCAGAGAUGGGUUUUCUUAACAGAUGAAUCACCAUUACACACCUUUCUUUAUGGCAACCAAGAACUUACAGAUUACAAUGGUCUAUUUAACUGGUCAAUGAGUUAUAGAAGUGACAGUGAUGUACCAGUACCAUAUGGUAGGACGAUAGACAGACAGGUUGAUGUAGACUUGACAGAGUUCUAUGAUAUGUUUAAAAAGAAAAACAAUCUGGUCGCUAUAAUGGGAAGUAACUGUGGUGGAAGUAAUGGAAGAUGGAACUACGUAAAGCAUUUAAAAAACUUACUUGGUGAUCAUCUUGAUAUUUAUGGCCACUGUCUGCAAGGGAAUAUCAAUGCUUGUCCUGGCCACUUUGACAAUGACUGCACUGUUCUAGAAUCAUACAAAUUUUAUUUAGCCUUUGAAAAUUCCAAUUGUAAAGAAUAUCUAACAGAGAAAACCUUUUGGCAUGGUUAUCAUAAAUGGGCAGUACCAAUAAUAAUGGGAGCUGCACAAAGUGAAUGCGAGAAACUCUUACCACCAAAAUCUUAUCUUCAUGUUGAGGAUUUUGCAUCUCCUGCAGUAUUAGCUACGUAUCUACUCUACCUCCAUAGGCAUGAUGAUGAAUAUUUUACGUUCCACCAAUGGAGAAGACACUACAAAGUGAUAAACGAGCAUGGGUAUUUUGGUAGCGCGUCUAAACACUACUGUCGUCUCUGUGAAGCACUUCAUUACAACUCACCAAAGGCGAAGACGUAUCAAAACUUGGAACAGUUUUGGUCCAAGGAAAAGGAUUGUACCUUAGUGGCUUGGAAUAGAUAAUGAUGCUACCUAAAGUAAGGUGACUGAAUGAAUCACGUAUUUUUAUAGAAAAUUUAAACGAAA